UAACAUUUGAGGUAAGCACGAGCCAACCGUUAUGCUUGAAACACACAGUUUAAGGUUCUUGCCAUGAAAAAGAUAAAUUCAAUAGGUUAUGUACUUUCCGUACAUUCAUACGGUUAGGUACCCACCUUCUUAUUCACAAGACACAGUGCUGCAUCUGGAGACUCCUGCAUCUAGUUUGAGGCAGCAUCUAAAAUGACGUGCCACUAAAGAAACCACAGUGAGUUAGAAGAAAAGUCAUGCUUAUUGCAUUCACAGCUUGCAUUUACAGUUUCUAUUAACUUCCCAAUCUUCCAGCUCCAGCCGAACACAAAUUCACUAAGUGCGACAUAUAAAUAACCUGUCACUACAACUUUUCCUAGCCCCAUUUAUUUCCCACCAAACAACUUACAACAACACAUCCUCUUCACUUAAGCCCAAUCUUCACUGUAUCCUAAAACAGCAUCGCCCAAGAUGUCACAAUCCGUGCUCGAGCAACUCCUGGAGAUGGGAUUUGACAAAUCACGUGCCGAACUGGCAGUGAAGAAAUCCGACGGGUUGCCGGAUGCCAUGGACUGGCUGGAGAAGACCCAGGAUACCCCAUUGGAUGAGCUUCUUGAGGAACAAGAGUCUGGCGCCAACAUUGCAAAGAUAGAUGAAGGUGCAGUCGCAAUGUCACUUGUCUGCAACGAAUGUGGCAAGAAGUUCCGUAGUCAAGGAGAGGCUGAAUUCCACGCCAACAAAUCGGGUCAUACCGACUUUGCUGAGUCUACUGAGCAGAUUGCUCCCCUUAGCGAAGAGGAGAGGAAAAAGAGACUCGAAGAGCUCCGAGAGCGUGUUAAGGCUAAGAAAGCCGGCAAAGCUGCCGAAGAAAAGGAAGAACAGAAGCGCAAUGAUAAAAUCCGCCAAAAGGCUACCAGAGAAUCACAUGAGCUUAAGGAGGAGCUCCAGCGCAAGGAGCAGAUCAAGGAAGCGGCCAAAAAGCGACAGGAGAAGCUCGAUGACCUCGAGGCUAAGAAACGUAUCAAGGCUAAGAUCGAAGCUGACAAGGAAGAACGUCGCCGCAAGGCAGAACAGGCAAAACUUGCAAGAGGGGAGUCGGUCCCAGUUGCAGCCCCAGCCCCAGCACCCGCUCCAGCACCUGCUCGUCCUGCCGUUACUCACAAUGAAGCUCGACUGAGAUUGCAAACUUCUAAUGGCAACGUCAUGAAAACACUCCCGGCAGACACAACACUUUUCGAAGUCAAGCAAAUGCUAGAGUCGGAGAAUGGACUUACCGUUACCAAGUUCGUCCAGAACUUCCCCAGGAAGGUCUUCGAAGGGAACCUUGAUCUUGGUAAAACUUUGAAGGAGGCUGGUUUAGUUCCUAGUGCUGCUUUGAUUGUACAAUAAGCUACGAGGGGGGAUAGGGGGCUGCAUAAUUCUCAUGAAUAAAUGAAUAACUUGGCGUUCGGCCCUUGCUUCGGAGGAUAAUAUACGGGCAUAUUAUGGAAGUAAUGAUGAGCCGGUGCAGACAUAAGCAAUCUACGAAGAUUGCCUGUAUGCGACUACUACUAGAGAUCACUGCAUUUAUUUCCCGAAAGUCACAUCCGAGGCUAUGACUUAAUCUCACAUCGGGUUACGCAACGAACAAU